AUGGCGGACAAUAAAAAACGCCAAACUCCGACAACGGUUGCGGACAAGAAGAAACGCCGUCGACCCGACCCGAACUCCGAUGACGACACCUAUCACCCCUUCAAGAGCCUCCUCAAACCCGACCCGCUCAUCCUCCAAACCCUCGACAACCUCCGCUCCGCCACCGCCUCCUCAUCCUCUUCUUCCAAAACCAUAACCCUCGCCGACCUCGCCGUCGGUUCCACUUGCCGCGAGGUCAGCGACCUCGACCUGCCGUCCGUCCAGUCGGAGAUCGAGCUCCAGAUGCUCAAGGUCAUCAAAUCCAUCCUCGACGGCAACGGCUUUGCGUUCGAGGUCCCCUCACGCGCCGCCGCUAACCAGCUCUAUGUUCCGGAGCUCGACCGCAUUGUGCUAAAAGACAAAACGUCCCUCCGCCCCUACGCCAACGUCUCCACCGUCCGCAAGGCCACCGUCACAGCUCGUAUUCUACAGCUGAUCCACCAGCUCUGCCUCAAGAACAUCCACGUCACCAAGCGUGACCUGUUCUACACCGACGUCAAGCUCUUCCAGGACCAGACGCAGUCCGAUUCGGUCCUCGACGACGUAUCGUUUGGCAUGGGCCGGUUGAGUAAUCUCCGAUCGUUAUCUUAUUUUAUUGUGGGUAAGGAGAAAGGCCGUGGAAUAGAGGAGUUGGGUGGCUUAAAGCAUUUGAAAGGAAAAAUAUCUAUUUAUCAUUUGGAGCAUGUGAGAGAUAUAGAAGAAGCAAAGAAGGCAAAGUUAGCGGAGAAGACAAACAUACGCAAACUAAAGUUUGAAUGGGGGGAAGGCAGGUCAAGCGCCAUAAACAACGACAGGGAUGUCCUAGAAGGCCUUGCACCGCACUCUGAAUUGGGAAUUUUGAAGAUUUGCAACUUUAGCAGUGAUCAAUUUCCAUCGUGGAUGAUUAGUGGAAAUUUGUUUUCUUCCUUGAAAAAAUUAAGUAUUGAUAAUGCAAAGAACCUAAUUGAAUGGACGGGAGCUGCAAUAUUUCCUCGCCUUGAGGAGCUGUUCCUGAGGAAUUGUAAUCAAUUGAAAAGUGCUCCCACUCAUUUUCCAUGUCUCCAAAAGUUAACAAUAGAUUCCAUGGAUAGCGGCAUGCCGAUAGCUAAUAUAAGCACUCAGCUCACCACUCUUACUCAUCUCACAAUAAAGGAGAUGGAGGAACUUGCUUCUCUGCCGGAAGGGAUGUUAAAGAAGAACAAAAAUCUUUCAUAUUUGGAGAUAAGGAGCUGUCCAGAUUUAACUUGUAUUGCUGCGGAUGUAUUUGGUUGUUGUGCAUCUCUCGAGUCAUUGAGUAUUUAUGGGUGUCCUAAUCUUAGGACUUUGCCUGAUGGGCUACACACUCUGCUCUCCCUUAAGGAGUUGAUUAUAAGGUAUUGUGACAGUCUGGAGUGCAUCCCAGUUACACAGGGUCACGCAUCUCUCUGCAAAUUUCCUAUUUUCAAGUGUCUUGAGUUAUGUAUUCUACCUGAGGGGCUAGAAUGUUGCACCUCUCUUCGAAGGUUGAUAAUAGACAAAUGCUCCAAAAUAACAUCCAUUUCAAUCACACACGGCCUCCCAUCCCUCUGCGAAUUACAGAUUUCAAAUUGUGAUGAAUUAUCAAGCCUACCGAGUGGGUUACAACAUUGUACUUCUCUUGAGCACUUGUCUAUUUUCUUUUGCCGGAAUCUUGAAGCUAUUCCAAUCACACACGGCCUCCCAUCCCUCCGCCAAUUAGAGAUUUCAUAUUGUGAUGAAUUUUCAAGCCUACCGAAUGGGUUACAACAUUGUACCUCUCUUGAGCACUUGUCUAUUACCUAUUGCCCGAAUCUAGAAGCUAUUCCAAGUUUAGACAGCCUCACACAACUCCGUCAGUUGGAGAUCUAUAACUGUGAUGGAUUAAAAGGUGUACCCCUUACUAGUGCGUUUGCAGCAUCCCUCACCCUCUUAAAGGAAUUGAAAAUUGGUGGGUUUUGGAAGGAGCUCAAUUCAUUUCCUGCUUUUCAGCAUGGAGGCUCUUCCAAAGUGGUUGGGAAAUCUUGCAUCCCUUGA